AUGGCUCCCCUCAAAGUCCUCAUCGCAGGCGGCGGCAUCGCAGGCCUCUCGGCAGCCGUGGGCCUCCGCCGCGCCGGCCACGACGUGCACGUCUACGAGCGCUCCGCGCUCAACAACGAGAUCGGGGCCGCGAUCCACGUCUGCCCGAACGCGGCGCGCGCGCUGCUGGCCUGGGGGCUCGACCCGGUCAGGGCCAGGUUCGUGCUGGCGCGGUGCAGUUUCCGCGCCCGGGGCGACACGCUGAAGAAGUUCCACGUCGGGACGGAGGACUACGUCGAGGAGCGGUACGGUGCGCCGUGGUACUUUGCGCAUCGGGUCGAUUUGCACGAGGAGCUGAAGAGGUUGGCGACUGAGGAUGGGGAUGGGGGUGUGAAUGGGACGGGGGCGAAUGAUGUGAACGGCGUGAAUGGGUAUGCGAGGGGUGGUGGGCUGGGACGGCCUGCGACUGUGCACUUGCAGAGUGAGGUUGUGAAAUAUGAUCCCGAAUCGGCGACGAUCACGCUGGCUUCCGGUGAGGUCGUCACUGGCGACGUUGUCAUAGCCGCGGACGGCGUGCACACUAUUGGUGUCGAGGCCGUCCUGGGUCACUCGAACCCGGCGGUGCCUCAGGGGCAUUACAACUUCUGCUUCCGCUUCCUCAUCUCCACGGCCGAUAUUGAGGCGGAUCCGGUGACGAAGUUCUGGACUGAGGGGGACGAUGGUCGUAUGAAGUUCUUGGUUGGAGACAAGAAACGCCUUGUCUCUUACCCAUGCAGAAACAACGAGGAGCACAACUUUGUGGCCAUCUUCCACAACGACGAUAUCGAGUCGACAAAGAAGGAAGACUGGCAUGCCUCUGUUGGCAAGGAGAAGUUGCUUCAGAGAUAUUCGGACUUCCACCCGAGUGUCCUUGCCAUCCUAGACAAAGCCACCGAGGUGAAGCAAUGGGCUCUCCUCUACCGCGCUCCCAUUCCGACGUGGACAAAGGGCAAGAUGACUCUGGCUGGCGAUGCUGCGCACCCCAUGCUGCCUCACCAAGGCCAAGGAGGAGCGCAAGGCAUCGAAGACGGCGUCGCUCUCGGCAUCGCACUUGCGUGCGCAGAAGCCAAAGACGUCGAGGCGCGUCUGCGGGUAUACGAGAAGAUUCGCAGAAACCGCGCCAGCGUGAUGCAGAUAUUCAGCAACGCGGGCCAGGAGGAGCCGGAGCUCAUCCGGGAGGAGGCGUCCAAGUUCAUCCCAGCAGAGAAGGUGCCGAAAAACCCUGAAGAGUUCUUCGCGUACAAUUUUGGAUACGACAUUAUCCGGGACAGCGUCCAGCAGGUGCAGAAUGUGGAUGCGUCGUUUGAGCUGCCGUCGGCGUUCUUCCAGAAGGUUCCUGGCAAAGGAGUUUACCCGUAA